AUGAACGAAUCAGGAGAGGAGAAAAUGGUGGAGAAGAAGAAUGAGGAGAAGGGUGAAGCGGACGAGGUGGUUGAUAUGGCGGGAGGAGGAGGAGCACAAGCAGCUUUGUCUGAUGAAUCUAGUGACUCUUACUAUAAAACAAAAUUCAAAUUCAAAAAGAAUUCUAUAGAAAUAAAAAAAAAAAGUAUAUUAAAAAAUAAGAUAAAAAAAGAUGACAAUGAACAGAUAAUCAAAAAUGAUCCUGUCGUUUGCAAAUUUAACAACACUUUGGAAAAUCAAGGAGAAAUAUUUUGCCUCAUUAAAAAUAAAGAAAACAAAACAAUCGAAAAGGAUUUGGAAAAAAAAGGAAGAAGAGAACUUAAUCCUUCCAGGAAUAACUACUGUUUAGCCAAUUAUUCUGAUUCUAUUAAUUCAAAAAAAGCAGAUAAGGAUAAAAGGGUAAAAAACAACAGUAUCGUAUAUUUUAAGGACUCAACACCAUCUCCAUCAUUUACACAACUGAAAGUUAAUCAUGGUGAAAAUCAGAAUGUGCAUAAGAAUAAUCGGGUACAUUUGAAUGCAGCAGCUGGUGGUAGUGACGUGGCAAAAGCAAAGUGUGCAACUGUUAGCGGUAGUAAAAUAGGAGCCACCAUCUCGUUCAAUGAAAAUUGUAAAAAUAGUCAAAAUGAUAAAAACGCUGAAAGUGGUAAAAAUGGGCGGCAAACCAGCCAAACCAGCCAAAAUAGCCAAAAUAGCCAAAAUAACGAAAAUAGCCAAACCAGCCAAAAUAGUAAAAAAAAAAAAAAGCAAAGUGGCAACGCAAAUCAAUUCCUCAAGAUGAAUGAGGAAAAAAAAAAAAAGGAAUGGUGUCCCUUGUCCAUUAUAAAAAAACAUGGCUUUCUGAUAAACCAAAUGCAAGAAAUGCACAAUGGAAACAGUGAAGAAAUAAAAAAUCUACGCAAUGAAUAUUCCAAGUUAAAAAAUGACUUGAACAAUAUUGUUAAUUUAAUGAACAUGAGUCAAAGGGCUGUUUCAUCUUUGAAAUGA